AUGGCGUCUAUCAUCGCCAUUCCACCAACGAGACUAGGGUUGCUCACAACAAAUAACAGCGCUGUCAAAGCCACCACGCUAGUAAUUAUCCCCACUGCAAGCUCCCACCCCGAGACCACAUAUGUCAUCGAGGCUCCGAAGCCAUUUGACCUCGAUGACCUGGUUAGCCUCCCACGGCGUUUUGAGAACUUGGAGCCGGUCAAGGUGUCAAUUUCAGCCGACCUUCAACAUAUCAUACAGGUUUGGGAGCCACUUGACCUCGAUGACCUGAUCAGCCUCCCGUGUCGCUUCAACUUUUCGAGUCCACCGAAGGUACCAAGUUUAGCCGACCUUCAACAUAUCAUCCAAUCUUUAGAGUCACUUGAUCUCGAUUAUUUGCUUAGCCUCUCGCGUCACUCUGGCUUCUUGAGUGCACCGAAAGUGCCAGGUUCGGUCAAUAUUCCAUAUGUUAUCAACCCCCUUGAGCCCGUGAAUCUUGAAUACCUGACCGACCUCCCUCGUCUGUUUUGCUUUGCCCCAAGUGGGAAUAUGGAAAUGCAAUAA